GGCCUUGGUGACUGGGGGCUGCGGGCCCGGGGCCGGCGGGCGCGGGCGCGGGCUGCCUUCGUCGGGCCCCGAGCUCGCCCGGAGCGAGCAGCCGCCCGCGAGCUGCCGCGGAGCCUCCUCGCCCGCUCCCGCCGGCGAGCAAGAUGAUGUGCGAGGUGAUGCCGACCAUCAGUGAAGCAGAAGGCCCGCCAGGAGGAAGCGGGAGCCAUGGGUCCGGCUCCCCUUCGCAGCCAGAUGCAGAUUCACAUUUUGAACAGUUGAUGGUGUCCAUGCUGGAAGAGAGGGACCGUCUUCUGGACACGCUGAGAGAGACUCAGGAAACGCUGGCAUUGACCCAGGGGAAGUUACACGAGGUUGGUCAUGAGAGAGACUCCUUGCAGAGGCAGCUCAAUACUGCACUCCCACAGGAGUUCGCGGCACUUACUAAGGAGCUCAACGUCUGCAGGGAGCAGCUCCUGGAGAGAGAGGAAGAGAUCGCGGAACUGAAGGCAGAAAGAAACAACACCAGGCUGCUGCUGGAGCACUUGGAGUGCCUCGUGUCCAGGCAUGAGCGGUCCCUGCGGAUGACAGUGGUGAAGCGGCAGGCUCAGUCCCCGGCGGGCGUGUCCAGCGAGGUGGAGGUGCUCAAAGCCCUGAAGUCCUUGUUUGAGCACCACAAAGCCCUGGACGAAAAGGUGAGGGAGCGGCUACGAGUAGCACUCGAAAGGUGUAGUUUGUUAGAAGAAGAACUGGGGGCUACACACAAAGAGCUAAUGAUUCUUAAAGAACAGAAUAAUCAGAAGAAAACACUAACCGACGGAGUGCUUGACAUGAACCAUGAACAAGAAAAUACUCCGAGCACAAAUGGAAAGAGAUCUUCUGACGGUUCUUUAAGCCACGAGGAAGACCUUGCCAAAGUCAUCGAGCUCCAGGAAAUCAUAGAUAAGCAGUCGAAGGAGCAGAGCCAGAUGAAGGAGCGCCUGGCCGCCCUCUCUAGUCACGUGGCGGAGCUGGAGGAGGACCUGGACACUGCUAGGAAGGACCUCAUCAAGUCUGAGGAAGUGAACACAAAACUGCAGCGCGACGUUCGUGAAGCCAUGGCCCAGAAGGAAGACAUGGAAGAGAGGAUCACUACUCUUGAAAAACGCUACCUCGCGGCACAGCGCGAAGCCACCUCUGUGCACGACCUCAAUGAUAAACUUGAAAAUGAGAUUGCAAAUAAAGACUCUAUGCAUCGGCAGACUGAGGAUAAAAACCGGCAGUUACAAGAGCGCCUGGAGCUGGCGGAGCAGAAGCUGCAGCAGACUUUGAGGAAGGCCGAGACGCUCCCCGAGGUGGAGGCCCAGCUGGCCCAGAGGGUGGCGGCGCUCUCCAAGGCCGAGGAGAGGCACGGCAACAUUGAGGAGAGGCUCCGCCAGAUGGAGGCGCAGUUGGAGGAGAAAAACCAGGAACUGCAGCGGGCAAGGCAGAGAGAAAAAAUGAAUGAAGAACAUAACAAGCGUUUAUCAGACACUGUUGACAAGCUUCUUUCUGAAUCCAAUGAGCGGCUUCAGCUUCAUCUUAAGGAGAGAAUGGCUGCUCUGGAAGACAAGAAUUCUCUAUUGCGAGAAGUUGAAACUGCGAAGAAGCAGUUGGAAGAAGCGCAACAUGAUAAGGAUCAGCUUGUCCUAAAUGUGGAAGCACUGAGAGCCGAAUUAGACCAGACAAGACUGAGAGGCACGCCCCUUCAUCACGGCCGACCGCACUUGGGCAGUGUCCCUGAUUUCCGAUUCUCUGUGGCAGACGGUCCCGUGGACUCCUACAGCAGCAGUGCGGUGUUGCGGCGCCCCCAGAAGGGCCGUCUGGCUGCUCUGCGAGAUGAGCCUUCCAAGGUACAGACUCUGAAUGAACAAGAUUGGGAACGUGCCCAACAAGCUAGCGUGCUGGCGAAUGUGGCACAAGCGUUUGAGAGUGAUGUCGACGUGUCUGAUGGCGAAGACGAUAGGGACACUCUCUUCAGUUCGGCCGCUCUGCUGUCGCCCAGUGGGCAGGCCGAUGCCCAGACGCUGGCCAUGAUGCUUCAGGAACAGCUGGAUGCCAUCAACAAAGAGAUCAGGCUGAUACAAGAAGAGAAGGAGAGCACGGAGCAGCGGGCAGAGGAGAUUGAGAGCCGAGUGGGCAGCGGCACUUUAGACAGCCCGGGUCGGUUCAGAUCGGUGGGCACCGCCCCCCCACACCCCACGUCCACGCUCGCAGGCCCCUCCCCUCCGCACAGCGGGCGCUCCACCCCGAGAAGGGGCCCGCACAGCCCCGCCAGGGAGGUGGACAGACUGGGGGUCAUGACUCUACUGCCGGCUUCCCGCGAAGAGGUACGAGAUGACAAGGCAACGAUAAAAUGUGAAACGUCCCCCCCUUCCUCCCCGAGACCCCUCCGCUUAGACAGGCUGCACAAAGGAGCGCUGCACACGGUCAGCCACGAGGACAUCAGGGACGGCAGAAACUCCACAGGCUCACAGGAUGGCCCCGUGAGCAACCCCAGCAGCAGCAACAGUAGCCAGGACUCGCUGCACAAAGCCCCCAAGAAGAAGGGCAUCAAGUCCUCGAUUGGCCGGUUGUUUGGCAAGAAAGAGAAAGGCCGUCCCGGCCACGCUGGCAAGGAGCCCACGGGACCAGCUGCUGCUUCAGAGACAGAAAACUCCUCUCAGGAUGCCCUGGGACUCAGCAAAUUGGGAGGACAGGCUGAAAAAAAUCGUAAACUUCAAAAAAAGCAUGAACUGCUCGAGGAAGCCCGGAGACAAGGUUUGCCUUUUGCACAGUGGGAUGGACCGACCGUUGUUGUUUGGCUAGAGCUAUGGGUUGGGAUGCCUGCCUGGUACGUGGCCGCUUGCCGAGCCAAUGUGAAAAGUGGGGCCAUCAUGUCGGCCCUGUCGGACACGGAGAUCCAGCGUGAGAUCGGCAUCAGCAACCCUCUGCACAGGCUGAAGCUGAGGCUGGCGAUUCAGGAAAUCAUGUCCCUGACAAGUCCGUCAGCCCCUCCUACUUCGAGAACGACCCUGGCCUAUGGGGACAUGAACCACGAGUGGAUUGGCAAUGAGUGGCUGCCCAGCCUGGGCCUGGCGCAGUACCGCAGCUACUUCAUGGAGUGCCUGGUGGACGCACGCAUGCUGGACCACCUGACCAAGAAGGACCUGCGCGGGCAGCUGAAGAUGGUCGACAGUUUCCACAGAAACAGUUUCCAGUGUGGAAUUAUGUGCCUGCGGAGGUUAAAUUAUGACCGAAAAGAACUGGAGAGAAAAAGAGAAGAAAGCCAGAAUGAAAUAAAAGAUGUGCUAGUUUGGAGCAAUGAUCGAGUGAUUCGCUGGAUCCUAUCGAUCGGCCUUAAAGAAUACGCCAACAAUCUCAUCGAGAGUGGCGUUCACGGCGCGCUGAUGGCCUUGGAUGAGACCUUCGAUGCCAACGCCCUGGCGCUCCUGCUGCAGAUCCCGACACAGAACACGCAGGCUCGUGCUGUCUUGGAAAGAGAGUUUAACAACCUUUUGGUCAUAGGGACUGACCGAAGGUUUGAUGAAGACGAUGAUAAAAGCUUUAGGAGGGCACCUUCUUGGAGAAAAAAGUUUAGACCAAAGGACGUUCGUGGCUUAGCUGCUGGGUCAGCAGAGACUCUCCCUGCAAAUUUCCGGGUCACUUCCUCUCUGUCCUCACCCUCUAUGCAGCCAAAGAAGAUGCAGCUGGACGGUGGCGUGUCAGGACCUCAGAGGCUGGAUUCUGCCACAGUCAGGACUUACUCCUGCUGACGCCUCCUGUAGUUUACCCGCACUACUUCUACAGAUGAUCAUGCACCACUUUGAAUCCCACAAAGACUACAUUUUAAAAUUCAACGGAAUCUUUAAUCUGUUAAUACUUGUUAUAUGGACCCUGAGAUAUUUUAUUACAGAGUUUUUAAUUAGCGAAAAAUUCAUGAAUACUAUAGAGAAAAUAUUUUAGAAUUUAAUGUUUCUUAUAUUUAUGUAAACUUAUGACUUCAUUUAUAUAGUUACUUACUUUUUCAUGUAUAUCCAGGCUAUAAAUAUCCUUUCAAAUCAAUUCGUGUUCUUAUAUCUAAUUUAGUCUUUCAAAUGAAUGUACUGUAAUGCUUGUAUGUAUAAAUCCUAUGAACAAAUAUAGGGCUUUUGUAAAUUGUGCAUUUAUUGUAAUUAUCAUUACUUAAUUUGUUAUUAAUAAACCCUGACCGAGAGAAGGAUUCUACCGCAUUUGUAAAAUCAUCAUGACACAGCGUGUGUUAUCAAACAAAACCUAGCUCUACAACAAUCAUUUUGAAAUCAGCAGACUUCAUUUCAAGCAAUUGUUGUUGUAUUUUAAUGACUGACCUUAACUAUACUUUUUCUAGCAAGAAAUGCUUUAUACCAUAGCCUGAACAGAUUAAAAAUAUCUGGUGUUAAAUAUCAGCUUCUGAAAAUUUGGACUGGAAAGACUAUGAAAAUCUCUUAGGACUGGUGAACUCUUUAUAGGCUUGUCCUGGUGGGCUCCGGCAGCCUGUGUUUAGCGACUGGCUGAAGCCGCGAGCUGAGGACCCUGAGAGCCUGGGGAGGGGGGGGCCCUGGGCGGGGGGCCUGGGUGCCCUCCUGGUGCGGAGCUCGCUGGCGAGAACUCUUAGAGGACCAAUCAGGAAGCACUGCGCCCCCCCCCCCCCGAAAUAAUGUAGUGCAAUUCUAACAAAGGCCUUACUGUUCUUAUGGAAAUCAUCUUUUUACAUUUGUUUGUAAACAUGUUUAAAGAAUGGACCUAGUCGUACAUUUUUAGAUUUUGAUGAGAUAGCCGUUUUGGAUUGUAUAAGUAGCAAAUGUAACUCUUACUUUCUACUUGGCGUAUUAAAAAGCCAGCAAGAAAUGUGUUCACAUCAUGGUGCAUUAUUUAUUAUGCAGCUGAUACAUAGAUAGAAACGGCAUGUCCUUACGUUUGGUUUCUGCUUUUAAUUUACUUGUACAAUUCACUGUUACCGUCCUGUUUUUCUAUUAAUCUUUUGUGAACUUCCUGAUUAUGUAACAAAGUAUGUACAGUCUACUUUUGAACUGUUUUUAUCACAGUAUUAUUUAUUGCUGUCUUUCAAUACAGUCCUGAAGCAUUUUCCACUGCCAAUAAAGGGUACUGAGAACCA